GCAGGACUUGCGGCGCUGGGAGCCGACCCUGAGCUCGACCCCCGUGGGGAGAGCCGAGCUCAGGGGGCGUCAGAGCCGGAGGCGGAGGAGUGAAGUCAGGGCUGAGUGGGCGGAAGAGAGCCUGGGCAAAGGCAUGGCCACUUAUCACCCAGUAGGACACAUGCAACUGGCCCGGGCUGAUGCCAUUCGUUCCCGACUCAUUGAUACUUUCUCUCUCCUUCAGCAUCUGCACGGCUUGAGCCAAGCUGUGCCACGGCACACUAUUCGAGAGAUACUUGAUCCUUCCUGUCAGAAGAAACUUAUGUUGGGAGAUCAACACCAGCUUGUGCGCUUCUCCAUAAAGCCUCGUCAUGUAGAACGGAUUACACAUGCCCAGAGACUGAUGAGCACCCUUCGAGUGCGCUGCAGCCAGAGUCCACCGCUUUCCUUGUGGGCUGGAUGGGUCCUUGAGUGUUCUCUCUUCAGAAACUUUAUCAUCUUCCUCAUCUUUCUGAAUACAAUUGUACUGAUGGUUGAAAUAGAAUUGCUCGAAUCCUCAAAUACCCAACUGUGGCCACUGAAGCUGACUCUGGAGGUGGCAGCUUGGUUCAUCUUGCUUGUUUUCAUCUUGGAGAUCCUUCUUAUGUGGCUAUCCAGCUUUUUCCUCUUCUGGAAGAAUGCCUGGAAUGUCUUUGACUUUGUUGUCACCAUAUUGUCCCUGAUUCCUGAGGUUGUGGUGCUGGUAGGGGUAACAAGCCAUUCCGUAUGGCUCCAGUUGCUGAGGAUCUGCCGGGUGCUAAGGUCUCUUAAACUCUUUGCACGAUUCCGUCAAGUUCGAGUCAUUAUUUUGGCCCUGGUCAGGGCCCUCAAGAGCAUGACCUUCCUCUUGAUGUUGCUGCUCAUCUUCUUCUACAUUUUUGCCGUGGCUGGUGUCUACUUCUUCGAGAAUUACACCCGUUCAACUCGCCAGGACCUGGAGUAUCACAUGUUCUUCUCGGACCUGCUGAAUUCCGUAGUGACAGUGUUCAUUCUCUUUACUAUGGAUCAUUGGUAUGCACUGCUUCAGGAUACCUGGAAGGUGCCUGAAGUCAGCCGUACCUUCAGCAGCAUCUAUGUCAUCCUCUGGUUGUUACUUGGUUCCAUUAUCUUUCGAAACAUCAUAGUAGCCAUGAUGGUUACUAACUUCCAGAAUAUCAGAAAUGAGCUGAACGAGGAGAUGACACAUCUGGAGGUUCAGCACAAAGCCGACAUAUUCAAGCGUCAGAUUAUCCAGAGGAGACAAAACCUAAUCCCCGAGGCACAGAGGUCAAGCGUUAGCAAAAUGGAUGCCAGAGAUGCCAAUCAACAAGGGGAAUCUUUGGAAGAGUCCAAACACAGUGCCACUAAAGAGAAUUCAAGAGCAUCUAAGUCAAAACCAAAGAAGUCCUUGUCAAAAGUGAAGAAGUCUGCAUCUUCCUCUUCCUCCUCAUCUUCAUCUUCCUACUGUUCCUCUUCUUCUGGCUCCAGAUAUUAUGACCGUAUUGGUCAGUUGGACUGGGAGACUCAUGUGCACCAGAAUCUGCCUGGGCUAAUGGAUAUGGAUCAGGAUGAACGUGUUGUUUGGCCUAGGGAUUCACUCUUCCGAUACUUUGAGUUGCUAGAAAAGCUGCAGUAUAACCUAGAGGAGCGUAAGCGGUUGCAAGAGUUUGCAGUGCAGGCACUGAUGAAUUUUGAAGACAAGUAAAGCUGACAGCGGAUGGCUUCGCUAUCUUUGGCAAAAAUUAAUGAAGGGAAGUGUUGGAAAUGGAGAAUUCAAAGCAUAAAUGUCUAAUAAAUCCUGCUGAUAAUUGUA